CAGCAGAGCUGUGUGGCCCCAUUCCAGCUUUUUCCUGCUCUGCCUUGCACCCUGCCCCAGCAGGCUGCCCUGUUUACUCUCUGCUCAAUGGAUGUCACUUCCUUCAUUGAAAUGCUGGUGCGUGGCCAGGUCCCUUCCCCUGGGCUGUGCCACGCUCGGGAUCUGCUGAGCCCACACUCACAGGAGGCUUUGGGAGCAUCUCCAGGGUGCAGGGCACAGGUGCAGCUGUGCUGAGGAGGGGCUGAAGAUGGAUUGUUGCUGCUGGGCACGGGCUGUGCCUCCAAUUCCAGCCAGGGACUGCGUGGGGAAGGUGUAGCAGCGUCUGGAAUGGGGUGCCAGUGCCAGCCUGCUCUGGGCAGCCUCUGGACAUGAGGGUGUGGGUGCUGUUCAAGGGCACCCCCUGAUGUGCACUCCUGGAUGCACAGGAUCCCAGCCAAAGGGACAGAAAUCCUGGACUCCCUGUUCUGUGUGCACUGACCUGAGCUCUCUGCCUUUGUACCUGACCAAGGUCUCACCUGAAGAGUUCUAAACUGACAUCAGAGUUGCUGAUCAGACUGGUACUAUGUGGGCAAGCUGCUGUAACUGGUUCUGUGUGGAUGGCUCCCCUGAGGAGAUGCAGCCGGCGCCGGCAGCCCGGGCCCAGGCCUACUCCAACCCUGGCUACAGCUCCUUCCCCUCUCCCACGGCCUCUGAGCAGAGCUGCAAAGCCUGUGGGCUGCACUUUGACAGCUCCUCCAGCAAGCACAUCUGCUUGGACUGUAAGAAGAAUUUUUGCACGUCCUGCUCAAACCAGGCCGAGGGUGGGCCCCUGCUCUGCCACCUGUGCCAGCGCUUCCGAGCCACGGCUUUUCAGCGGGAGGAGCUGAUCAAGAUGAAGGUGAAGGAUCUGAGAGAUUAUUUGGCCCUCCAUGAGAUUUCCACAGAGUUCUGUCGUGAAAAGGAGGACCUGGUAUUCCUGAUCCUUGGCCAGCAGCCUGCAAUUACCCAGGAAGAUCAGAUAAGAACAAACACAUUUAAUACCAGUGCCCGUGAACAGCAAGACUUUGUGAGUCACCCCCCAGCCAGCCUGGCCUCUCCUACCUCACACGAUGAGUCCCCAGUGUCUGCAGAUCCCAUCUCAAGUUCAGAAGCUCAGGAACACCAACAGGCCAAUGGUCACGUGCCUCCAAGCCCAGCUGAGAAUGCAGCAGAAGAAGCAGCAGCAGAGGAUGAGAUAGAGUCCAGUGACUCCGAGGAUAACCUGGUGCUGGGCAGGAAGGCCUCCCUGUCUGACCUGAGCAGCGUCGGGGACAUCAACGCGCUCUCGGUGCGGCAGCUGAAGGAAAUCCUCGCCCGCAACUUCGUCAACUACAAAGGCUGCUGUGAGAAAUGGGAGCUGCUGGAGAGGGUCACUCGCCUCUACAGAGAGAAGGACCUUCAGCAUCUAGUUUUGGACACCGACGAUCAACCUGGUGGUGCUGGGCCCCCCAGCACCGAGGACAACCUGUGCAGGAUCUGCAUGGACGCUGCCAUCGACUGCGUGCUGCUGGAGUGCGGGCACAUGGUGACGUGCACCAAGUGCGGGAAGCGCAUGAGCGAGUGCCCCAUCUGCCGGCAGUACGUGAUCCGCGCCGUGCACGUCUUCAGGACUUAGCGCGGCUCUGGGCUCGGCGCUGCCGUGCCUUAAAGCCUCCGUGCUCUUAGGGAAAGGGCCAACAUCCCUGCCAACAGCUACCCUGGAGAUCAGCGCGACCCUGCUGCCAGAGAGCCAAGGAGGAAGCCUGGGGAAAGUGCUCUGCUCAAGCCGUGCCCGGCUCUGCUCAUCCCACCAUCGUGCUUUACACCACAGUGCCUGGACUCCUCGGAGCUCAUUGCCAGCAAUCAUUAACCACCUCCAUCCUAGGAUAAUUUGAGGACAGAUGGAUGCCCAGCUUUCCACCAGGAAGAUCAGCUCCAGAGGCUUUGUAGUUUCCUCUGAAUAAUAAAAGUGAACUGGGGUCUGAAAAAGUGUCCUUUGUUUUGUUGCUCAGGCUCUGCCCAGCAACAACUUGAUUUGCGAAGGUUGAAAUGUCACUGUGCUUGUUAAUUUUAUUUUUAAUUUAAUGUUAAAUUGUUAUGCUUGCAGGACAGGCAGACCAUCCCUGCUUUCCCUAAUUCCUAGUGCAAUUGUGGAAAAUGUGUAAUUUUUUAUCAAGGUUGUCUUUGUAUUAUUGAAAACUGCUGGGGAGGGAGGCUGGGAAGGCUCAGCCUUGCCCUGUGUCCUGGGUUUUUGUUUCUGUGCCAGAGGGAGGUUUCUGGUUUGAUUUUGUGACUUUGAUUUCACAGCACGUGCCAGAGGUGGGGCUCAAAGUGAACUGUCCCCACCUGCUGAGGGAGCUACAAAUCCAAGGCUUGAGCCUUCCCCAGGGUUUGGUGAGGAAAGCACAGAGCUGCAGAGCAGUGAGGACUCCACUGCUACACAAUCAUAUUUAAGUACAGGUGACUUUUUCUUUUUUUAGAAGGGAAUCAUGGAAGAAAGCCUUUGUCCCCCUUGGCUCCAUGAGCAAUCUCCACUGCAGAUCAGCUUCCCCAUCCUCCCCAGGGCUCAGUUUUACAGGUCUGUUACCUUCCACUGCUUACCAAAGCAGUUUUGUCCUUUCUGCUGGGGAGGAUGGGGAGAGGCUGUGGCCUGAUCCCUGACAGCUCCUGGGCAGUGUGUUCAGCUGGAAGAGGAGUCUGGCAGUUCCUUCUGGAGGUGAUUUUAACUGGUGUCAUUUCCCCUCAGUGGCCUGCAGGCAGCCAGGGCUCCAGUGCUGCCCUCGGUGUCCCUCAGCAUGGAUGGCACUGUGCCCAGGCUGCUCUGUGUGCCCAGCCUGGCUGCCAGCAGAGAGCAGCAGAGCCAGGGGGGCUCCUGGGGCACUG